UCCGUGUGUGGUGCAGAUUUGAUUUUUCAUAUUUAUUUGGAGAAAAAAAAAAGAGAUCAUAUUGUUGGUUUAUUUGAUCAUAUACACUCAACAUUCCAGUUUCAUGUCUGAACUCGAAUCCCAGGUCCCAUCUACUUUUGAUCCCUUUGCUGAUGCCAAUGCUGAGGACUCAGGUGCCGGGACAAAACAAUACGUGCACGUUCGUGUACAGCAGCGUAACGGGAGGAAGAGCCUGACUACUGUGCAAGGAUUGAAGAAGGACUACAGCUACAACAAGAUACUUAAGGACCUCAAGAAGGAGUUCUGCUGUAAUGGUACUGUUGUCCAAGAUCCUGAGCUAGGCCAGGUCAUACAACUUCAGGGGGACCAGAGGAAGAAUGUUUCCUCCUUCCUUGUGCAGGCCGGUAUUGUUAAGAAGGAGAAUAUCAAGCUUCACGGUUUCUGAAUAGCGUUCAACAGAACCACCUCUAUCCUAUAUAUGUAGUUCACACCACCUCAGUUUGCGAUUGCUAGCAAUAUAUGAUCUGAAAUUUGAUGUUGCUACGAUCUGUUCCUGUAUAUUUACCUUAUAAAGGUCUGAUACUAGACUUCUGCUUUUCUUCUAGUUGUUCUGCUGCUUUCCGUGAUAUGUCGAAGGAUAAUGUGGAUAUAUUUUUGCAGAAUAAUAUAUUAACUCUAUUUUCAAGAUCUCCAAAGAUCUGCUUGUGUC